UAGACUUCUUCUUUUUUUCACAGCAAAAUUAACAGUAAGAAAGAAGAUAAUGAAUAUUACAAAAGCUUUUGUGGUUCUCUUUCUUGUUGUGGUACUAGCAACGCCGUUGUCCAAUUCCAACGUUUUGGCCUCAUCGGUAGUCAAGCCUGCCUUCUUAGGGGGAUAUGAUUAUUGCAUUAUGGACUGUACAGCAGGGGGUCUUGAAGAUGGGUGCAAAUAUGAGUGUAAAAGAAGAAACUAUACCGAUGGAAGUUGUCUUGGUUAUGCACAAGAUUUAAAAUGUUGUUGCAAAAAAUGAUAGAAAUCAAUUAUAUUUCUAGUAAAGUGGCGAUUUGAGGGUUUAAGUUAAUAUUUUUCAAUGAAAUAAAACCAAUCUUACCUUA